UCCUGGAGAAAGGGACGUGUAAGCGAAGAGGCGAAGGAAAGGAAGGAUGGGGUCAGGUCCUGGGGAACCUGUCUGUUAGAUGAGUCACAAGGAGGCUGAUGAAAGUGCAAGGGUCGGACGGGCAUGGUGGCAGCCGCCUUUAAUCCCAGUGCUCAGGAAGCAGAGGCAGGGGUGAGUUCAAGGCCAGCCUUAUCUACAAAGUGAGUCCAGGACAGCCAAGGCUACACUGAGAAACUCUUCUCAAACAAACAACAGCAAAACGAUGCAGGGGUUAAAGCACGCAGGAGCCGGGUUAGGAAGCUGUUGCUGUGAUCUCAGCCAGACAAGUGGAGGUGCUGAAAGUCGGGAGUCGGUAGGAAGAUUGACAGGUGAGACGUGGUUUAUGAAAGAAUGGAGGACUGCAGGAUUUUAAGUCUGAGUUCCUGGGAGGCUGGCGUUGUCCUAACACGAAGGUCUUUAGAGGUGUGAUUUAAGUCGGGGAGAGAAGCCUGGCUCUUACUCCAGUUCCAGGAGAUCCAGCAUCCUCCACCGGCCUCCUCCACACGUACCAGGCUUGUGUGCAGUGCGCUUUAAAUCUAGAAAAAUACAUACAAAAGAUAAUUUAUAGCCAGUUCAAUGUAUAACUAUUAGCUGUUCAUCUUGGCCAGGGACCCGUACGGUCACAGCACACUUUACCAGAUAAGGAAUGUUGCCUUCUCUCUAGAAAGCCUCCUCCGGCCCCCUGGCUGACGACCGCCAUACUAACCAGCCAGGUGUCGUGCUUAACUUUGUCACCUUGACGAAACUUAGCAUCAGCUGGAAAGAAAGUUUCGGUGAAGGAUUGUGUCGGUUAAGUGUGUGUGUGAGCGUGUCUGUGAGGACUUGUGAUUAUGUGAGCUGGUGGGGGAGAUCAGUGUAAAUGUGGGUCCUGAGCUGGGGUCAUCGCGCCGUGAUGUGUUUCUCACAGUACGUAUGCGCGUAUCCCUUUCUCUCUGCUCUUGGCUGUGCCCGCUGCAACCAGCCGCUUCCGCGCCCUGCCGUGCCACCCCUGCAGUGGUGGCCUUGUAGCCUGCAGUUGUGAGCUUACACUUCGGAAUCUGCUGCCGCUCUGUCCGAAAUAACUGAUUCGGAGCCAGCUUAAGGGCGGGUUUCCCAUCCUUUAUAUUUCCCUUGACGAGAUGUCUGUUUAAAUAUCACCCCUGCCUCGAGCUGCCUUAUUGUUAUCCACAGGGGAAAAUUGUAUGCGCUUUAAAAACAAAUCCUUUGUCAGAUGUGUAUGAAUAUUUUACCUGUGACUGGAGCUUAUCUAUGUGUUUUACAACAGUCCUUUUAAAUAACUUCAGACGUUCAGAAAAAUUGCAAAAACAGUCCAAAGAAUUUCUGCAUCGCCUUUUCUCAUAACCCGUGAAUGUUAAUAUUUCACCAUGUCUACCUCUGUUUUUCCACAUUGUCUCUCUAUUUCUGUCUCUCACAUCUACUCCAUGCCAUUUUGUUUGCUGACUUUUUGAGAUAGGUUCUUGCUAAGUGGUCCAGGCUGGCUUUGAACUUGUGGCACUUUGCCCAUCUCAGACUCCCAUGUUCUGAGAUUACAGAUGUGUACCACCAUUCACAGCUCAACAUCUUUUCCCAAACCGUUUGAGACUAAAUGACAGAAACUAUAUCAUUUUAUCUGUAUUAUUUCAAUGAGAAUUUUCCAAAAACAAAGACAUUCUCUCACUUAGCCAUAGUACAUGAUCCAAAAUAGUACAUUGACCCUGGCAGGGUUUUACAAUCCGUGGACCUUGCUCUAAGCUUCCCGGUUGCCUGACAAUGACCUUUACAGCGAAGGAAAAAAGUUGCAACAUUUGGGACUCCGAACCAAGUUCAGUCUCCUCUGAUCCGGACUAUUUCCUCUUUCAUUUAUUCACUUACCAUCUAUGCUAUAACUUUAUAGGGUACCUGCUAUGUCUUUCAUGGACCAACCUCUUCAUUUACUUGGUAGUAUCCCUUGGCAGGGAGAGAUUAUUUUUUAAUUUGCUAAAGUGCAGUUCAUUGUUUUGGUGUUCUAAACUUUUUUUGUGUCCCUAUGAAAAAUUUACUUACUCUUAAAGUCGUGAAAAUAUUCUGGGGUUGUUUUUUUGUAUGUGCAUUUAAAAUCUUGUUUUUAUAAUGGAGAGCAAUUUUAUUUUGGCUCAUGCUCCAAAGUAUAUACAGUCUAUGACAGUGGAAAAGCCACUGCAGCUGGAACUAGGAGCAACCAGACCCAUGGGUCCAGGGAUGCCUGCAGUCAAGAGAAAAAAAGCAACGAACACACACAUUUCAGUGCUCAGCGCUUUCCCCACUCUUUCAAAACUGCUCAUUUUUUAGUUUGGUUUAUUUUUAUUACUUCUCUAAGAAUUUCUGUGUAUUUUGGUCAUAGUCACCCCUCUGCCUCAACUCCCUCCAGUUCACUCUCCCUUCCCUACCUACCCAGUUUGCAGUUUCUGUGUUGUUCAGCCACCAGGCCUGAUUUGUGCUGUGUUUUUGGGUUCAUAGCUUUCGGCCGAAGAGUGGUGGACAUGCCCUUAAAGAGAAUGGGCUCUCCCUUUCCCAGUAGCCACCAGUUGACAAUAGCUCUGGGGAUGGGACCUCUUGUCAACCUCCCUCUCCAUACUGGGGUUUUGUCUGGUUUGAGCUUGUGUGUGCUGUCAAGCCAAUCCAAUCAUAUACAACCAUCCUGUUGUGACAGGUAUGGCUUCAUCUUGUGGAGCAGAUCUUAAAUUUAAUAACAAAGCGGCUUGGCUACUCCCAUGGCAUUCCUGCCGUUAUUACACUUGUGGCCAUGUCUUUCCAGACUGGUCAUUUAUGAGGUUUGUGGGGUUCACAGGUGGGUAAGCUUGACAAAUAUUUUUCUCUUCUAGUAGCCUGAAUACACGGAAAGCUAUUGGCUCUUUCUCUAAAAUUCAUUUCUGUUGAUGUGUUUGUGAGUGUGCCUGCUUGUCUGUGCAUGUACUGUGUGAGUGCAGGUGUGGGGGGGGCAGAUGAGGGUGCUGGGUUCCUUGCAGUUGGAGCUAUAGGCAUGACAUGAACGCUGGGAACAGAACCAGGCUCUCUGCAGGAACAAGUGCACUUAAACCAGUCAUCUUCUCACCAGCCCCCUGGCUUGUGGUAGGUCUAUUUCCAAUCUGCCACAAACUAAUUUCCCUUCACAGGUAAAGCAUGGAUUGCCAUUGACUUUUGUCUGUACCUAUCCAGGCAUUUUAGAACAUUUCCUAAAGAUGAGUUCCCUCUCCCCAUUGACUUGUGUUCUAGUUUGCUUCCUGCUUCUGUGAUAAAUACCCUUAUCAAAAGCAACUUGCGGAGGGACAGGCUUACAGGCUACAGUCGCUCCUCAGAGGAAGCCAAGGCAGAAACCAAAGCCGGGAUGGUGCGGACCGAUACUGGAUGGCUUCCCUGCUUCCCUGUGUAAGCUACCUUCCUUACACAGCCCAGGCCCACCUGCCCAGUAAUGGGCCCACCCACAGUGGACUGGGCCCACCCACACCAAUCAGCAAUCAAGAAAAUACCCUGCCCAGACCUGCCCACAAAGCCGAUCUGAUGGGGACACCCCUCAGCUGAGGGUCCCCUCUCUCAGGCAUGUCUAGGUUUGUGCUAAGUUUACAAAAGCUAACUAUAGCAACUUUUCUGGGGCCUUUAUCAAAAUCAGUUGAACAUAUAAUAUAUAUACAUGGAUCUUUUGCUAUUUCACUUGACUAACCUGUUUCUUAAGGCAAUAUCACUCACUUUGGAUUAUUGCAGCUUCAUGCAGAAUCUUGAAAUCCUCCAUCUGUGUUCCUCUUUUCCAAGGCCAUUUUGUGUAACUGUCUCCUUUGAUCUUGUAUCAAGUUCCAGAAUGCAGUUUCUUGAGAAACACCCACCGGGCGCUGGGCAGGGAUCACAUGGAAUCAGCAGUUCAGUGUGCAAGUUUCUGAGACUCCACAACACCCCACGUUAUACACAGCAUGGUUCCAUCCAGAGAGACUUGAAAACAAAGGAGCGACUUCUGCCAGUGUCCGACUUCCUUUGACUCUGAGGAGCCUCAGCUGACCCUCCCCUGUCUGCUACUCCGCCCGCUGGCCCCAGAAGACCGUCCUGCCGGCGGGGAGCUAAGGAGCAGAAGUCAGAGCUGCUGCCCAGAGGGAGCGAGCAGACGCCCUUCGAGAUCCAGGAGCGCUGAAAGCCCAAAACUUUGACGGGCCACCGUGCAGCCAAAUGUGACCCGUGCAGGAGAUGGCCAAGGUCAACACCCAGUGCUCCCAGCCCUCCCCGGCCUCGGACAGAGACCUCGAUCGCAUAGAGAACGGCCUCGGCAGGUCUCCCUCACCAUGUGAGGAGACGCCUUCCACACUGCAGCAAGGGAUCGCCAUGGAGACUGGAGGACUGGCGGGGUCCGCACGGAGCUCAUUCACAAGCCAGGGGGCAGCCAGGGUGUCGCGCCUCAUCAUCUCACUUCGUGCGUGGGCUAAUAGGCACUCACACCACGAAGAGCAGAGACCUGACUCCUUUUUGGAUCAUUUUCAUGGAGCUAAGCUUAAGGAGGUGUCCAGCCGGGAAAGCAAUGUUCAGCCUGACCCAGGAGGACAGGAACCACCAGACGGAGGGAAAGGGAGGAAGAAGGACGCCAUCGUGGUGGACCCCUCCAGCACCGUCUACUACCGCUGGCUGACCGUCAUCGCCCUGCCAGUCUUCUAUAACUGGUGUCUGCUUGUGUGCAGGGCCUGUUUUGAUGAGCUUCAGUCAGAGAACCUGAUGCUGUGGCUGGUCCUGGACUACUCCGCAGAUGUCCUUUACGUUGUAGACAUGCUGGUUCGAGCCCGCACAGGUUUCCUUGAGCAAGGCUUAAUGGUCAGGGAUACCCAGAGGCUGUGGAAGCAUUACACAAAGACGGUGCACUUCAAGCUCGACAGCCUGUCUCUCAUCCCCACAGACCUGGCUUACUUGAAGGUGGGCAUAAACUACCCGGAACUGAGGUUCAACCGUCUGUUCAAGUUCUCUCGGCUCUUUGAAUUCUUUGACCGCACGGAGACAAGGACCAACUACCCUAAUGUGUUCAGGAUAGGGAACCUGGUGCUGUACAUCCUUGUCAUCAUCCACUGGAAUGCCUGCAUCUACUUUGCCAUCUCCAAGUUCAUUGGUUUUGGCACAGACACCUGGGUCUAUCCAAAUAUCUCCAAGCCGGAGUACGGGCGUCUCUCCAGGAAGUACAUUUACAGUCUCUACUGGUCCACCUUGACGCUGACCACCAUUGGUGAGACCCCGCCCCCCGUGAAAGAUGAGGAGUAUCUCUUUGUGGUCGUAGACUUCCUGGUGGGCAUUCUGAUCUUUGCCACGAUCGUAGGCAACGUGGGCGCCAUGAUUUCCAACAUGAAUGCCUCAAGAGCAGAGUUCCAGGCCAAGAUCGACUCCAUCAAGCAGUACAUGCAGUUCCGGAAGGUCACCAAGGACUUGGAGACUCGGGUCAUCCGGUGGUUUGACUAUCUGUGGGCUAACCGGAAGACGGUGGAUGAAAAGGAAGUGCUCAAGAACCUCCCGGACAAGCUGAAGGCCGAGAUCGCCAUCAACGUGCACCUGGACACGCUGAAGAAAGUCCGGAUCUUCCAGGACUGUGAGGCCGGGCUGCUGGUGGAGCUGGUGCUGAAGCUUCGGCCCGCCGUGUUCAGCCCCGGGGACUACAUCUGCCGAAAGGGAGACAUCGGCAGGGAGAUGUACAUCAUCAAGGAGGGCAAGCUGGCCGUGGUGGCGGACGACGGCGUCACCCAGUUUGUGGUCCUCAGCGACGGCAGUUACUUUGGGGAGAUCAGCAUCUUAAACAUUAAGGGGAGCAAGUCGGGGAACCGCAGGACGGCCAACAUCAGGAGCAUCGGCUACUCGGACCUGUUCUGCCUGUCCAAGGACGACCUGAUGGAGGCCCUCACCGAGUACCCAGACGCUAAGGAGGCCCUGGAGGAGAAGGGUCGACAGAUUCUGAUGAAGGACAACCUAAUUGACGAGGACCUGCUCCGGGCCAGGACAGACACCAGGGACGUUGGGGAGAAGGUGGAGCACCUGGAGUCCUCCCUGGACGCCCUGCAGACCAGGUUCGCACGGCUCCUGGCUGAGUACAGCGCCUCGCAGAUGAAGCUGAAACAGCGUCUCAGCCAGCUGGAGAGCCGGAUGCGCGCGAGGGGUCCCGGCUCCUCCCCCGACCGGGAGACUUCCGGCGAAGAUUCAAAGGCGGAGUGAAUCUGCCUCCUGCAUCCGGGGGCCAGCUCUCAGUGAGACACUAUCGACAGCCUCGAGGCACAGGGCUUGGCUGCGGUUUUUCCUCAGCGUUAUUCACCCUUUGCAAGUGGUGUGACAGCGAGAGCGAGCCCUGGUUUCCUCACCUAGGAAGUGGGACCCGGGACUGCCGGCUCCACGAAGUUCCAAAUCAUUGUGAGGUCUACAUAAUGUAGAGCAAGGGGUGGGGCUUUGGAAAGCGUGAGGUGUUUGCAAUCAGGUUUAUGAAAGUGUUGUGCGGAUUUCUAACAUUUUUGAUUGCGUUUUUGUGUGGGGACGUGCAGUUGCCUGUGGAGGCCAAGCGCGGGUGUUGGAUUCUCUGGCCUGGAGUUACAUGCUGGUUGUAAGCUGCCCAAUGUGGGUGCUGGGAUCCUGUCUUCAGUAGGGUUGCUAUUGCUUUGAUGAAAUGCCAUAACCAAAAGGAAGCUAGGGAGGAAAAGGUUUAUUUGGCUUACACUUCCACAUUGUAGCCCAUCAUUGAAGGAAGUCAGUGCAGGAACUCAAACAGGGCAGGAUCCUGGAGCUGAUCCAGAGGCCGUGGAAGCUUACUAGCUUGAGCCCCAAGGCUUGCUCAGACUGUUUUCCUAUAUAACCCAGGACCACCAGCCUAGGGAUGGCUCCACCCACAAUGGGCGGGGCCCUCCUGCAUCCAUCAUUAAUUAAGAAGAUGCUCUUCAGGCUUGCCUACAGCUGGGUCUUAGGCGUUUUCUCAGUUGAGGUUCUCUUCCUCUCAGAUGACCCUAGCUUGUGUCAAGUUGGCAUACAAAUCAACCAGCACAGAUCCAAACUUGUAGCCCUUCCCAUAUUUAUUGAGGUGCAGGUCCUGUUGGGCUGCCUGGUCCACCCUUCAGCAUCUGUGCCCAUGCUCCCACACCAGCCUCCCAAGUAGCAGGGACCACAGGUGUGCACCACUGUUCCCAGCCCAGUUAAUUUUUAUAUGGAAUCGGUGAGCUGUUUAAGCCUCUUAGCCUAGCUUUCUUAUAAAUGAACAUUUAUUUCAUCUCCUCCCUCCUUCUCACUCCAUCACCACCUGACUGUGAAAACACAAAAGGAUUAGGGAUGUAAGUCAGUGGUAAACCACCUCCCUGGUGCGUGCAAGGCUCUGGGUUCAGCCCCUAGUGCCUCCAAAAACAAACAGCAGCAGCAGGCCAAGAACACAGCGGGAAGCUGCAAACACUUGGAACUUAAAACAAAAACUUGGAACUUAAGGGCAGCUUUACACAGGACCGUUUGGGCUGACUCUGAGCCUGGCCUCUCCCCACAGGUGUAGUUCCUGGGAAUGUUGACUUUGUAGUCUCAUAGCGCUGUGAAACGGAGAUUGCCCUCAAGUCAGGGAAGCGAUUGGCUGGCUCCCUGCUGGGCAGCCACUAUGACAUCUGUCCACUUGCUGGGACGGUAAUGUCUCUUCUUAUUUGCCAAUGGAUACUAAGACAACCUCCCUCCUCGUCCUAGAAGUCAGACCUUUGAGUAAGGACUUCUUCUGGACACCAUGAUACAGAGGGUGGGGGAGUCCUAGGAGUUGGCAAGCACUGAGGUUUGGACAGUCUUUGAAAGGGGACAUUGCAAGGUAAGUCUGCUCCUGGAGUCUAAAGUGGCAGCUAGGUCCGACCGCUGCCACAAGAGUGCCUGCUUCUGCAAGAGCCACAUAGCUCCCAGUCCCCACCCAUCUAGCUCUAAGUAGAGAACUGUGUUUAAGUAGAAACUCUUAGGUGGAAGGGUGGGACAGUGGCCUAAGUCUUAAGAGCAGGCAGCUAGGGCUGGAGAAAUGAUUCUGUGGUUAAGAGCACGGGCUGCUCUUCCAGAGGACCUGGGUUUGAUUCCCAGCACCCCCACGGUACCUUGCCACCAUCUGUAACUCCAGACCCUGGGUAUUCAGUGCUCUCUUCUAGCUCCCAUAGACACUAGGCACACAUGUGGUGCAUAGACAUACAUGCAGGCAAAACACAUAAGAUAAAUUUUUUUAUUUUAUUAAUUACACUUUAUUCAUUUUGUAUCCCCCCCAUAAGCCCCUCCGUCCUCCCCUCCCGAUCCCACCCUCCCUCCUCUUUCUGCAUGCAUGUUACUCCCCAAGUCCACUGAUAGGGGAGGUUCUCCUCUCCUUUCUGAUCUUAGUCUAUCAGUUCUCAUCAAAAGUGGCUUCAUUGUCCUCUACCGUGGCCUGGUAAGGCUGCUCCCCCCUCAGGGGGAGGUGAUCAAAGAGCAGGCCAAUCAGAUUAUGUCAGAGACAGUCCCUCUUCCCAUUACUAGGUAACCCACUUGGACACUGAACUGCCAUGGGCUACAUCUGUGCAGGGGUUCUAGGUUAUCUCCACGAAUAGUCCUUGGUUGGAGUAUGAGUCUCUGGGAAGUUCCCUGAAGAUAAAUUUUUUUUAAGCUGAAAAGUGGAACUUUAAAGCUGAGACUCAUGUCCUUGCAACCUGCUCCUUUUCCCUGAAGGGGCUGCAAGUCCCCGUGGAGCUGCCUCCUUAGGCAAAAGCUCUUAGCUAGCUGAAAUCUUUCCCAUCGCAAGAACUAAUUUUUUAACUAGCAACAGGCACUCUAUUCACAUAUUUGCACUUGGGUUCUAUGACUGUAAAUCAAGACUUUGAUGUUCCCCUCUUCAUUUAAGCGCAUGUUGGAAGUUCUUGCUUCCCUUCCCAUCCUUUUCCAUCUUUCUCUUUCCUUUCUUCCUUUUUCAUCCUUCUUUUGUCUUCCCUCUUCCUUCUCCUUCUUUCUUUCUACCAAACAAAAAUUUCUCAAUCCUCAUUUUGACAAUGUUGACAUCUCAGUGGCCAGAUGUUGUAAUCUAUAAUUGAGUCCUAAUGGAGUUCAUACAAAAGACGUUCUAUGUUCAGUUAUGCAUUUGGGUUUCUUCUUGUGGAUCACAAGACCAUUUCUUGUGGGUCACCUGAUGUAUAAUGCUUUUAAAUGGUUAGAAGUUCUAUUAAAGAGCAUAGAUUUGAUUUCAUAUCAUCAGCAACAAUGUAAUCAGUGAUGUAAUGUAUUUUAUAACAGUUAAUAUUUAUAACAAUGAAUAUAUUUUAACGGCUUUAGCGAUCAAUUAUGUGUGCAUCCAUGUUUAUGUAGCACAGUUACCUGUGCUAAUGACUCCUGGUUCAGCUUUUGUCACAAGGGACACAUUACUAAGGCAAAGGCUUCCCUUUGGAAAGAUCAGAGACAAUGAACAAGGGAUGGUGUAUGCUCCAUGGAAGAGACAUACACAGCCAGAAGCAGAAGAGACAAUGACCCGGGUACCCAGAGACAUGCACAAAUAUUUACAGUGGCACAGGUUCUAAAAUACAACAGAAAGAACGAGCUAACGGACAGCAUGGACAAAGGAAAAAUACAUGACACAAUAAAUUCUAGCAAAGAGAAUUUAUCGGAGGAAACUGACUAUGUGGACAGACUGAAGCUGCAGGAAUGGGUGCUAAGUGCUUAAGGAGCUGUCUACCCCAGGCCUGGAGCUAAAAGAAGCAAGGUGCUCAGAGGGGUUGCCCCAGCAACUAGAGUUCACACCUUUGCGGGUGAGUUACUGUUGGCCAUUACUGAGAAUCCAUGAACUUAGAGGCAUCUGUAGGCAUCUGGCACUAUUUAAGGAGUGGCAUUGCUCUGUGGGUUAGAUUCUACAGUCUGAAAAUGAAGCUAGGAGGAGCCACCUCGACCAGCUUAAGCAGCGGCUGCUGCCCUGCACCUGGUGGUACUUAGGCUCCAUGACCAGAGAAUCAUGCAGACAAGCAGAAGAAGGUUCACUCUCCCCUCCGCCUGCCUCCCAGUCUCCCCCAGGUGCCUCUUAGAGAAGGUUCUAGAAGAAUGAGGACCGUGAGAAGAACUUUGAGUUUGACUGACAAUAUCUUCCACAUACUUAAGGUCCCACCUUCCCUGUACCUGGAACACAUCCAAAAUAAGUAAGUCAGUAGUCAAGCUAUUCACGUAAAACAUGUGCACAAAGGUUUGUAGUAGCUCUACUUAUAAACACCAUACACACACAUACACACACACACACACACACACACACACGCAACCCUGUUGCCACUCAAUAGGUGGAGGGUAGAAAACAUAUCCAAACAAUCCAGCGCUGCUCAGCAACAGGAAUGAACAAGCUGUCAUGCUGGUUCAUGCCAAACCAUUAUGUUUGACAUGGCAUUCUAGAGAAAGUAAAACAUGAAGAUGGAAAGGAUCGUAGUGGUUGUCAGUAGCUGGGAGAGGCUGAGCAGGUGGUUACAAAGAGCCAAUUCCUACGGUGACGUAUUUUUUAUGGUAUUUUUAUGAUUCCUGGACUCCCAUAGCUACACAUCUUAAAGAGUCAACUUGAAGCCAGGUGUAAUGGCAUACACCUGUAAUCCCAGCACCUCAGAGAUAGAGGCAGAAAGAUCAGAAGUUCAAGUCCACCCUCAGCUACAUACAGAAUUUGAGAGUAGCCUGAGCUACAUGAGACCCUUUCUCAUGUAGAGUAAACUUUAGAGAAAACAAAGUUUUCAGUAUCAACGAGGAUGUAGGGAAAUGCCAGGAAGCAGAGAAGAUUCUAACAAAUGACUGACUGUAUUAUAAACACAGGACCUAAUCUUAUUGAAGCUACAGGGCAAAGUGAAAGCUAAGUAUCUUUUAAAACUGUAAGGUAAGGCUGAAGACAGAAGCAAGUGUCAUGAGUACACACUCUCAUUGUAAAUUCUUUAACAUGGGGGUAUUGGUGAAUAAUUCUGAACUCACGUAUAUACGGUGUGUGGGUGAGUGGGUAGAUGGAAGAAGGAUGAUACGACGAGCUUAUCAUGGAGGGAGAAGUUUCAAAUAAGUAAGGAGAUGCCUUAGUUUUAUUUCUAUUGCUGCGAUAAAAUGCUCUGACAAAAAGGUGACUUAAAGGAGAAGGGUUUAUCUCAGCUCGCUAUUCCAGAUCACAGUCAAGGCAGGAACUUCAAACAGCUAGUCAUGUCACACCCACAGCCAAGAGCAGAGAGAAAUGGAUGCUUUCACUUGUCCUUGCUUGCUUGGCCUCAGUUUGACUACUCACACAGUUCAGAUUCCCUGCCUGGGGAAUGGUGCGCCCCACCAAUGUGGGCCAAAUCCUCCCGCAUCAGUCAACCAAGACAGCCCCAGACAGACUGCGGACCAAUGCGAUGUAGACAGUCCCUCAUUGAAUCUCUCCAAGGUGAUUCUACUUUGUGUCAAGUUGACAGAGCCAACCAUCAUGGGGAACAAGAACAAACCCCAUGGUAUAAAUUUGUUUUUCUAUACAGAUACAGAGAUCAGUAUGUGUGUGUGCACGUGUGUGCGCACGCACAUAGAUAUACCCUUAGCUCUGACUAAUAUCUUUUUCAAAGAACACAGUAAACACCCAUCUUGGUAUCUAAAUAUCUUUCUCCAAUAGAAGGAACCAGGAUGACUCUAAGGCUGCAGCAGAGAAAAUAAACCACAUCCCUGGACCAUCUUGUGGUGCUAGAAAGUGCUGGAAAAACACAACUGAGUAUGUCAAAGGGACACAAAAAUGAUUCGAAAAGAGAUUCCCAGUGGCCAAAAUGAAGACCAUCUAGCAACAUUAAAAAAAAAAAAAAACCAAACAACAAAAAA